AUGGGCAUCACAGAACUUAUCGACCACGCAUUGCAUCGCGAGCCUCAGCCCAAGUCAUACGAAAAAAAGAAAAAAUACCGAAUUGGCAAAACAUUAGGCUCGGGAACUUAUGGUGCAGUGAAAGAGGCGGUAAACGUGUCUACUGGUCAGAAAGUAGCAAUUAAAGUGAUUUUGAAAAAAGAUGCAGCCAGUCAAAACGACAUGGUGCAGAAAGAAAUGCAAGUCUUGCAAAACUUGGAUCAUCCCAAUAUCGUAAAGUUUUACGAUUGGUUCGAAUCUCGAGACAAGUACUAUCUUGUUUUUGAAUUAGCUACUGGCGGUGAAUUGUUUGAUCGUAUCUGUCAGCGGGGCAAGUUUACCGAAGCCGAUGCUGUACAGGAAGUUAAAACAAUUCUUGGCGCUAAUUGCGUACAAUCGGUUGCUGAGGAAAAGGCUAAUCUGGUUUCUCGUUUUGUAGCUCCAGAAAUUUUCAAGCGCACAGGAUACAACAAGGCAGUCGAUAUAUGGAGUGUUGGAAUAAUCACGUAUACGCUUCUUUGCGGCUACAUUCCUUUCCGAGCGGAAGAUCGCGCUGCGUUUAUAGAAGAAGUGACUGCCGCUCACGUCGAAUUUCAUGAUCGAUAUUGGAGAAAUGUGUCUAAUGACGCCAAAGGCUUUAUUCUCAGUUUACUAAAUCCUAACCCAGCGGAGCGCCCAACUGCUGAACAAGCUCUUCGUCAUAAGUGGUUGACAGGCGAAAAUAAAGCAGACUUUAAUUUGUUAGACGGCAUAACCGAAAACUUUAAUGCCAGGAAAAAGUUUAAACAGGCAAUCGACGCUGUACAAGCGCUCAACAGAAUCAGGGGAGCAAGCAAGUCUAGCAGCGAAGAAGAGAAUGAAGAUAACGAGGGCAAGGCGGAUGAGAACCCUGUUCAGUCGCAAGUUUAA